GGUCGAGCUGAGGAAGACUUCAAAGGACUCUGAAGAACAGAAAGGACUGAAGACCGAAUAUGAAGCAAUGCAAAAGGAGAUGGAUAAGAAACAGGCAACAGGAGCCAUGGACUGCAUGCCAAGAUUGCCAGUAUGACACAGGAGCUCGUAAAGGCCACGACUGAGCUGACAGUGGCCAUAUGGAAUGCCAAGGGCUGCCUUGACAGCAAGUGGCAUGUAAAGGUUAAGAAAAAGCAGAAAGUCACACGCCAGCUUGAGGACCAGCUACUGAAGCUGAACAUUGAAGCCAUUGGCAGAGAGGACGGCAGGCAGAUCAGCCUGAGCACCUUCCAAAUCAACUCUCUGGACCCCCGCAUCACCAUUGCCUGGUGCAUGAACAUGAAUAUGCCCUUAGAGAAAAUCUAUAACAAGAGCCAGAGAGUGAAGUUUGCCUGGGCUAUCGACAUAACCAACUGA